ACGGUUGCCGUAGCGGAGCCCUGUGGCUGCGUGAGUGUGUAUGCGUGUGUGUGUUUGAGCCGCCGCCGGAGCCGCGGACGGUUUGCUCAUCCCGUUAGUGCUCUCGGCCGAGACUCACGCCGCCGUCAUGUCCCGCUACCUGCGUCCUCCCAACACGUCUCUGUUCGUCAGGAACGUGGCGGACGACACCAGGUCUGAAGAUUUACGGCGGGAAUUUGGUCGUUAUGGUCCUAUAGUUGAUGUGUAUGUUCCACUUGAUUUCUACACUCGACGUCCAAGAGGAUUUGCUUAUGUUCAAUUUGAGGAUGUUCGUGAUGCUGAAGAUGCUUUACAUAAUUUGGACAGAAAAUGGAUUUGUGGGCGUCAAAUUGAAAUACAGUUCGCACAAGGAGAUCGGAAGACACCAAAUCAAAUGAAAGCCAAGGAAGGAAGGAAUGUGUACAGUUCUUCUCGCUAUGAUGAUUAUGACAGAUACAGACGUUCUAGAAGCCGAAGUUAUGAAAGGAGGAGAUCAAGGAGUCGUUCUUUUGAUUACAACUAUAGGAGAUCUUAUAGUCCUAGAAACAGUAGACCGACUGGAAGACCACGGCGUAGCAGAAGCCAUUCCGACAAUGAUAGAUUCAAACACCGAAAUCGAUCUUUUUCAAGAUCUAAAUCCAAUUCAAGAUCACGGUCCAAGUCCCAGCCCAAGAAAGAAAUGAAGGCUAAAUCACGUUCUAGACCAAACUGCAGCUGGAAUACCCAGUACAGUUCUGCUUACUACACUUCAAGAAAGAUCUGAAAGCGGAAAAAGAACCAAAGAAGGGCAGUUCAAGCGACCAAAGGGUGGGUGGAAGGUGCUGCAGUAUGAAUACUGUACGAAUAUUUUGACUGGUCUGAAAAGAUAAAAGAAUUAUCGAAAACUACAUGGAAUAAUUGAAGUCCCUUCAAGUUUGAAAGUAAGCAUUUUAGGACAAAUAAAAGGAAAUUCAACUUUGUACUUGUGGAAACUAAUCCCUAAAUAUGAACAGGUUUACUCAUGGGCAACAGAUCCAUGAUAAGUUAUUGGAAAGUAGGAUGUCUGAAUAUCAAGGAAGACAGCCAUAGUCUCUAAACAGUGCCUCUAUUGGUUGUCUCAAACUGAAUUGGAUGGGAAAAGAUAACAGUCCGAUAUAAACUUUUUCUUGGUUAUCCCUUAAAAGUCAAUUCCAUUUAUGCCAGUAUUGGCAGGUCUUGCCUUUGUUUAUUCUGGUGCCAGUAUUUCCUGCCUGUUUGUUUUGUUGGCAUCUGAAUUGUACACCAUAUGCAGUUUACAUCUUCUUUAACCACUCUUUCCCAGGUUAAUUCCACUUCUACUUGAUAUCCGGCUGAGAGGGCCCAUCUCUUCUCACCUUUUUCCUAGACAGUAUGCUCAACAAAUAUUUAUUGAGCCCUUAUUCUGGGCAAAACAUUGUAUUGGAUAAUUGGAGAGAGUACAUAAUCCUUCAUGCAGUAAUUGUCUACCAAGCACAAUCUAGUCAAUCAUUAGAAUAUGGCCUCAUUGUUUUGUUUGAGGUAUUAUAACAAUAUUUCACAUCAUUCAUAUCCUAAUUUUUAAAAACCAGUAUACUAUCAAAGAUAAUUUUACAGUUAUCUGCGACUUAAAAGUAGAAUUUGUUUGCAUCUCAUUACUACAAAUGAAAAAAUAUAAGCUGAUUGUUUUGUGCAGUGACUGUAUAAUAUACUAGAGUAAUACUAAAUAGUUGACUGCCUCAAGUACUAGAAAAUAAUCCUCAAGAUAAGUAUUUAAUUUUACACUAGAUAUAAAGCAGACCCAGGGUGCUAUAAUUAGAUUGAGGCAAACAGCUCUCAUCCCAACUUAGUUUGUUCUGUAACACCAAAUUAUACUUUUUAGUAACGUACGUGUACAUUACUAAAAUGUACAUAAAUUUUAUAGGAGACAUUUUAUGUGUAGUGAAUAACUUUUGUAGUGUCACAAAAUGUUUUGGAUUCCUUAAUUAUCAGGAUAUGAAGCUUGUUUAUCAUACAUUGAUUCCAUCACAUUUGAAUUUGUUGUAUUUUUGCCACAUAUAAUUAUGUAAAAGUCUAAAAUCUGGAAAUGGAGUGUAAGCCUUUACAGCAUUUUGAAAAUGUAGAAUACACGUAACUGAAGGUAUUUGUAUCUGUAUUAAAAAAUUUUUAGCCUGCAUAGGAUCACACAAAGUGGCAGGUAAACAGGUUAGAGUCCAUAGAUUUUUACUUAAUUCUUUUUCCUGUUUUAAUCAAGUUGGAAAUGUUUUUAUAGCUUUGUAUUUUCAAGGAGUCAAUAAAAUUGAUAUAAUUAGAGCAAAAAUUAUAGGUUUAAAGAUUUUAUUUUAUACCUUUGCAUAAUCAUUAGCAUUGAAUUGGUUGUUUUACAGGUAGAGGUUCUGUAUAUUUAAAACAGUAUCUGUAAUUCAUAAAUGUUUGUACUCUACCUCCCGUCUCCAUUUCCUUUUGAAUUGAGGUUAAAACCUUCAGAGGGAAGGAUUAAGUUGCCUGUUGACAUUUUAAAGUUGAAUAUUGUACUUCCAUUUUAUUUUUUGCUGGAAAAAUGCCGUGUUCAUUUAUAAGUAAAAUAACAAUUGACGGUUCUCUUAAGUUUUAAAUGUAAAUCAGAAUGGGCCCAUGUGGUUUUGGCAGCUGUUACAUUGUUUUAGUCUAUCUUUGGUUCCCAUGUAUACUGAAAGCUAUUGAUACUCCUUAAGCACUUAAUGUGCCAAGCUAUAUGUUUCUCAGAUAUUCCUAGUCUUCAAAACACUCCUGGGAAUUAGGUCACUAUUCCUAUUUUUACAGAUGAGAAAGGUGUCCAAUAUCUAUCUUGUGACAGGCUUUUUUGCAAACACUGGUUCAUUCCUUACUGCCUUGAAAACUUAGUUCUGAGAAUUAGAUGAAGUGUAAUACAAAAUCUCACUGGCUUUCCAAAUUUCAGUUUCCUUUAAAUUUUUUGUUGUUGUAUUGCUUUUUGGCCACAUUAGUGUUAUAAAGUAUUGAGAUUAUAUUUUAACAUGGGAAGGCUGUUAACUUGAGUGAGGAAUUGGAAGCGGUCAUCAAGACUUUUAGGUGUACCAGGAGUGAAAUGUUCUUACUUUUCAGUGAUGACCUGAUAAAUAGGUGAAGUAAAACCUGUUUGUCUUUAGCUAUUAACAUCUACAAGACAUUCUGCUAGGCAUUAUGGGGGAAAGACUCCUUUUGGGUCUUUUCCUUUGCCUCUUUUAACAGUGUUAGUUAUUAUGAUAUUUGUGUGUUUGUAAAGCCGUUUCACCCUUGUGUUAAAAGAUGGAGAUUUUUCUUUGGAAUAAAAAGUGAGGCAUGUAAAAUUUAUCCCCUUGAUAACUGACAGUUUUGUUUUUAAAAAGUAAAAGGCCUUUCUUUGUAA